AUGUCCGCUUCGACGGGGGAAGAGUUACGAUUUCGGCCUGUCCGGAUUACGAAUCCGUUCUCUUCCGACGCCGUUGGCCGACCUCGUCUGCCGAUCGGUGCCGAAGCGCCCUCGCCAAUUAAGGUGCCAGCGCACUACUCCGGCUAUGAAUAUGACAUUUACGCCCGUGGAUUCAGCCGAAUGGCUUCACGGCCGAAUGAGCCCAAGGGUCCUCGUCGCCGGGCCCCUGCUGCCAAAUCCCGGGGCGGGCGAGAGGCGCCGCUGUCCCAACACCUCGGGAACAAACCGGCCGUCUCAGAUAAGCGACGUUUACCGAACUGCAGAAGGAUCCUUCCACGAAAGAGC